AUGGUCACAAAAUUAGUCCCUGCGGGCCGGGAGAUCUGGUUGGAUGGACUCCGCGGUAUUGCCGCAGUCAUUGUUGUUUGGUUCCAUAUGACAACUGGAAAGCUUGCCACACCUUAUCGAUCUUUCUGGGACUUACCAGCAUCUGACAAUCGACAACUAAUCCAGGUCUUACCCUUUCGAAUCUUCUUCUCCGGACCUGGCAUGGUCGACAUCUUCUUUGUGGUAUCUGGAUACUCCAUCUCCAUUGGCCUGAUCAAAUUUCGUCACGAGGGUUCCAUGGCCAGGUUCUACCAGAGAUUGACAAGCAGUGUGGUCAGAAGAAUGUUCCGAUUGUGCUUCCCAGUUGCAAUCAUGAUGCUAGGAAGUCAUGCGCUGUACUAUACUGGGCUUUACACUAUACCUUUCAAAGAAGGCACAGGAUGCGCAGGCGCACACCCAUGGGAGUCUCCGAUCCCACAUGUUCAGUGCCUAGCACGAUCUUUGGUCAGCAUCAUAAACGUGGAGAACAUCCAAAAUCUGACCCUCAAUGAUCACUUCUGGACAAUUCCCGUUGAGAUACGUGGCUCUAUGAAAGUAUACCUGACACUGCUUGGACUAUCAAACGUCCGCAAGACAGCAAGAAUUCUCAUCAUAGGACUACUUUGUGUACGAUCAUGGUGGAAUGGUACACCCGAGUUUAUGGCCUUCUUUGCAGGAGUCUUGUAUGCAGAACUCAGCGCUUCCGUGUCAUUUGGACAGCACGAGAUACUCCCAUCCAAGACUGUACUGAAUCGACUGUCGUCCUUGUCGAUAUAUUUGGCUUUUCUUUUGGGCAUCUACCUCCUUUGUCUACCCAUACGAAUUCAGUCUGAGGGUACCAUUGACGCAAACUUCCCACCAGACUGGUUCUUUCUCGAAUGGUGUCCUCCGCUCCUAUGGUGGAACACGGAAACCACAAUGCGCACAUGGCAUACAUUUGGCGCUAUUUUGGUUGUUGGUAGUAUGCGUGUUCUACCUCGACUUCGAGCACCUUUUGAAACUAGGGCUGCGCGAUUCCUGGGCCAUAUCUCUUUUAGCUUGUACCUUUGUCAUCAGACUGUUCUUCGUAUCAUGCUACACUGGUCUUUACAUUGGACGAGCUUGUGCAUUACUGGCGUGAGUUACUUCGAAGCUCAUCCACAAAGAAAGUGGGGCAUAGUAUUUGUGGCAUGGAUGUUGACAACUCCCUUGAUGACAGGAGUACUGCUGCUGAUAAGUGUCUAUAUGGCAGAAUUGGUCGAUCGAAAAAGUAUCUCUGUAGGCCUUUACAUGGAGAGACUACUAUGUAGAUUAUGAAAUUACAAAAAUGCGAUACGCAUUUGGUAUCAAUGUACUGUGUCUCAAAAUUAUAUCCAAGAUAUACCGCAGUAGUUGGCUUUAUGCUGAUGGAAAAGCAGAAGAACCAAGACGCGACUGGGCGCGAUAUGAUCUGCGGAAAGCUACGAGUACCACGACGUCUGCACAUAAGGAGGCAGACGCCGAGAAGGGUGAGAAAGCAUCCGAGACACGCUCAAUAAAGCAACGAAGCCAUGCUCUGGACGCAUCGUGAUGUAUGACUAAUCGGCUUUGGCGGGGUACGAUGGCGUCACGCGUCCGGACGCGUUCAUUCAACACUGCACUCUUCUUUCGCAUUAUCAGCGCACGAGAUGUCACGUUAAAACAUAUCU